UAAAUUCUUUAAAUAUUUACAACAAAAACCAAAAACCGAAUCAUUUGUUGAGUGAAGUGAUUGUCAUUUAACACAUGAUUUCAAGAUUAAGAAGACAUUCAAUGAUUGCAUGACUUUGAAUGUUAUCUACCAUUGGUUUGACAACAGCCGACACACAGAUAAUUGUCAAAUAUUUCUGUAAGCCUUAAGAUAAUCGCUAAAGUAUUUUAACGAAAGAUAGUCAACAAUGGAUUUGACGGUCGAGACUAUCGAGAGAUUGAUCCACGAGUUGUAUAACAACAGUAACCAAAUGACACAAUCGGAGGCCAAUCAAUACUUGACGUGCGUUCAGAUGUCGAGUCAGGCCUGGGAUGUUGUGGCAGCUCUUCUUAAUCCAAAUAAACCGCUUGAAGUGCAAUACUUCGGUGCCUCGACUUUAUACACAAAGAUCACCAAAUUUUACCACGAAUUGGAUCCACAGAAGCAAUUGGAUCUCAAGAAUCAGUUGAUGCAGUUGUUGUUGUCAUACCUUUCACUCGACGGCAUGAGAAUAGUUGAGACCAGAAUUGUUGUUUGUUUGGCUGCAUAUGUGGUUCACUCGGUGGCCAACAAUUGGGAGAAUGCUGUCACCGAUUUGGUCAAUCAUUUACAACCAAAUAAAUUGUCACACAUUUCGAUUAAUCGAGUUCUUCAAGCGCUUAUGGAUUUACUGUCUGCCAUUCCCGAAGAGUUUCAAACUAUUUAUUUAACACAACAACAGAAGACAGUCAUCAGGAGUGCACUCUUGAAGUUUAACGAACAGAUCUUUUCUAUUAUAUUAAGCCUUUUAUCUGAGCCUCAGUUACCGGAAGAGAUCCAUUUGGCAACUAUUAAAUGUUUUUCCAAUUGGGCCCAAAAUACUGGUCCAUUAAUUAUUGGCGACAAACACGAAGAAAUUGUACUUUUAGUUCUUCGCUCAGUCUGUGAUGACUUUCUUAGUCAGACAGCAGUCGAAACCAUAACUAAUAUCUAUUCGCACCCAGAGAUGCAUAAACAGCCCACUCUUGUACUCAAACUUAUUGACCAAAUGGUUGGUUUAGAGCCGACACUUAACAAAGCCAUACAAGAGUCCAAUCAAGACAUGGCUAACAACAUCUACACUCUAUUUAUUCAAAUAUUGGAAACACAUUCACGUCUUCUGUUGGAUGCACUCAUUGAUAAACCCCAAUACCUGAACAACAUUUUGAAAGCCAUAGCUAUUGUUCUUCAGUGCAGUUCAACUCCAGGUUACCAUUCAAUUGAUGAGAAUUGUAGUGAACAAGCGUUUAACUUCUGGUAUACACUUCAGGAUGAUAUCAUAGCAUCAGAUGAGUCGCGAAUUGAGACUUAUUUAGUUAUGUUUAAUCAAUUGUUCCACUCAUUGAUCGACGCUUUUAUUAUCAAAGUUCAGUAUCCAACCGAUGAAGUCUAUGAAAAUGAAUGGAAUAGUUAUGACAGAGAAAGCUUUCGAUGCUAUCGUCAAGAUAUUGGAGACUCAUUCAUGUAUUGCUAUAAUAUCUUAAGAGUAUCAAUGCUGUCGAGUCUGUUAACACAUUUUCAAAUGGCUAUCAAUCGACUAACAACUCAACUCAAUACUGAUCCACAAAAGUCGUGGCAGUAUUUGGAAGCAGUUCUCUAUACGUUUAGUUCAAUAGCUGAGAGUGUCAAUCCUUCAGAAACUGUUUAUUUGAAUCAAUUGUUUACACAAUUACCAAAUAUUCCGUUCGCUUACGUCCAUUCACCGCGUCUAUUGGCCACUGCUAUGGAUACAAUGGCCUCUCACGCUGAAUGGAUUUCAGCCAACAGUGCUUUUCUACCAAAUGUAUUGUCACUUCUUAUGAUUGGUCUUAAGGCCGAUGAAUAUGUAACGAUAUCGGCAACGAUGGCCUUAAAAGAUAUAACACGUGAGUGUCAACUCAUUAUAAAACCAUACGCUCAACAAAUACUUUCCAUUUGUGAACAAUCUCUGAGUUCGGAAUCACAUUUGAAGCCCAAAGAGAAAUCAAGAAUUAUGUGUUCAAUUGGUUUGACACUCUCUGUCCUUCCUAUUGAGGAGAUUAUGGUUGCAAUCAAUAAGUUGUUGACACCUAUUAUAACUGAUAUACACAAUGUUUUGAAUGAAUGCGAAAAAGAUACUAAUAAUAUAAGCAAUGAAGUCGUUCGGACACAUGUAUCGGCACAGUUGUCAAUGUUGGCGAUGUUAUUCUCAACACUUGAUGUAAAUUUAAAACGAAAUACCGAUGAAGACUAUCCAAUUGAGACAAUUAAAAAACAGGAAAGUUCAGGACCUCAACCAAUAUAUAUAAUUUUAGAACAGGUACUUCCAAUAUUCAACUGUAUCGGUACUAAAUGGCCAACAGAUGAACCAAUAACUGAAUCUCUAUGUGAAUGUAUUAAAAAAUCGGUGAUAACACUGUUGGAUGAUAUUAAACCACUUGUCGGCAAAAUUCUUCAAUUAUUACAUUUUCUUUACAAAUCUUCAGCGCAGACAUCGAUAUUAGAAAUAUCAAAGCAAUUGAUUAUUCUUUUUGCUUUUGAAAAGGAUUUACAAAACGAUUUAACAAAAUAUUUCGUUGAAUUAUGUAAUCAUACAAUAAUUUGUUGUCAACAGGAUUUAAGACAACAAACUGCACUUUUGGAAGUAUUUUAUUCAUGUUUAGCCAAUAUUGUAAAGAAAGUUCCCGUUUUGUAUAGCAGUAAUCUGUUAGACGUUUCCUCAUUAUUCCGGUGCGCAAUGUCUGCCCUGAUUUUGCCAGAGAAGCCAACAGUGCGCUACAGUUCGUCAUUUAUCAGUGAAUUCAUUAUAAUUAGUCGUGAAGUGGAAGCGAUGAACAAAGUGGUCAAUGAAGAGAUUGAGAAUUUAAUCGGACAGAUAUUUGCCGUUAUUGGCGGCACUUUUGAUUCGCCCCGUAAUGUAGUCGAACACAUGGCUGACAUUCUUAUGGCUCUAAAUUGGAAAUACUUUGAUAACCUGACCCGUUGUAUGAAUACUCUGAUUCAAAGAGAAGGCUUUCCCACAGUUCACGCAAACGCCGAUAAAAAGACACAUUUUGUAAGACUUAUUCUAACACAAAGAAAAAAUAAACGAAAACUUAAAGAAAUUAUUAAUGAGUUUAGUCUCACCUGUCGGGGACUUAUUGGCAAUGAAUACAGCAAUCAAAUGAUUAAACUUCCCUUUUAA